AUGACCGUUGGAACACUUCCCAUUUGGUCAAAAACUUUCUCCUAUGCAAUCAGGUCAUUGUGCUUGCUGCAUAUAGUGCAUAUGUAUGCAUAUGAGUUUACGGAGACGAGGGGAGAAUCUAUGUUACCAACACUUUCAGCGACUAAUGAUUAUGUGCAUGUUUUGAAGAAUUUCCAGAAUGGUAAAGGUAUAAAAAUGGGUGAUUGCAUUGUGGCAUUGAAACCCACUGACCCUAAUCACAGAAUUUGCAAAAGGAUUACCGGUAUGCCUGGUGACCUUGUGCUCGUGGACCCAAGCACAGUAGUCAAUUACGUUGGCGGUGUGCUGAUUGAUGAAGAGAGAUUUGGUACGUAUAUUAAGGUUCCUGAGGGCCACGUUUGGGUAACAGGAGAUAAUCUUUCGCAUUCAUUAGAUUCGAGGACAUAUAACGCAUUGCCUAUGGGGUUGAUCAUGGGCAAGAUUGUAGCAGCUAACAAUUUCGACAGUCCGUUCUGGGAUGGUUCAAAACAUAGGUUUUGGGGGUUCAAAAGAAUUAAUAAUACUUUUGUUGACGCAAACGCUAAUAGCAAUUGA